CUUGUACUCUGAAAUACAGUGGCAGAGGCUAUGGAGACGGAGAUGGAGUUCUCCGAUGUUGUGCAAACUAGUGCUAAGUAUAAAAGGAAUGGUCUUUGUGGGAACUCAUCCAUUGGAUCAGAAAAUGGGAUCGAGAGGAACAUGAAGAGCUGCCUGGUUACAUCUUUAUCUGUAACGGGAGAACAAAACCUGAUUGCUACCGUUACCGUGUCUUUGGGAUACCAAGAGGAGGAAGAGUCAUUGUUGAGAGUAAUCAAACCAGGGAUGAAGCUUUUCCUCUAUGACUUUGAGAAGAGACUUCUUUAUGAAGCUACUAUUGGUGGCAAGUUGGAGGAUAUACAACCACGAGCUUUCGGACAAGAAAUAUCCUGCCUUUCAAGUCUGCUAUCUAUGAGAGAAUUACAAAGGCGGCCACAAGUUUUAAGCAAGAACUUGCUCAAACAGUUGUAUUCACAACAGAAUCACAUGCUCAAGCUGAUUGAUACACUCAGCAAGCUUUAACGCAAGGUUCUAUAUCAGGGGGCUCCUGGCCUGGGACAACUGAUUGGCAUGCUGCAAGCCAGGCAUAUUCCUCAACCGCAGAUCGGAAUGCGGUGAAUCAGUCUUAUUACCAUCAGACAGCGGAUACAACCACAAAGCCUAAUCAAACAUCUUAAAACACAUGCCCCUGAUCUGGGGAAACUUGUGCGUGGUGAACGUAAACUAGUGCAACUCACUGGAAAAGAAGGAAAAAGUGACAUAAGAGGUGUAGCUGUUGUCUGUGUGUUAUUCAUCCAAACCGUUUCUAUGGGAAACUGCUGCUCCGAUGUUUCCUCUGGAGCUGGGGCUAUAGCUGGCGUUGGUGGAACUGCUGCUAUCUCCUCUGCUCGCGGCACUACGAACGACGCCGUUGAUUACUAUCUCAAGUCUCGAGGUUUCAACGGUCUCUUCUCUCAUAUCGAGCUAUCGUUUUGUGCUUCCAAUUUGCGAGACCGUGACGUGCUUUCCAAGAGUGAUCCUAUGGUGGUUGUCUAUAGAAAAGAAAAAGAUGAGACACUUUCGGAAGUGUACCGCAGCGAAGUUGUUUUGAACUCCUUAGCUCCUAAAUGGAUUAAGAAAUUUACACUCGCUUAUCAUUUCGAGACUGUCCAGACAUUCUUGUUUCGUGUGUAUGAUGUUGACACUCAGUAUCAAAAUUCAAAAGAGGAGAUGCUUAAGCUUGACCAACAGCAAUUUCUUGGUGAGGCAACAUGUGUAUUGUCUGAGAUAAUCACAAAAUCAACUAAGACGAUUACAUUAGAGCUAAAGCGUAAAGAAGGCGUUGCUGCACAGACUCAGCAUCACCAUGGGAAGCUUAUUAUCCAUGCUGAGGAGUCCCUUGCUUCUAAGAUUACGACAGAGAUUGUAUUCAGAUGUUCGAGUUUGGAAUCUAAAGAUCUUUUCUCAAAAAGUGAUCCAUUUUUGGUGGUAUCAAAGAUUGUGGAGCAAGGAACUCCAAUCCCAGUGUCUAAAACUGAAGUCCUGAAGAACAAUCUUAACCCUAUCUGGAAACCACUCUUUCUAAGUGUUCAACAAGUCGGGAGUAAGGACAGCCCACUGAUAAUAGAAUGCUCAGACUUUAAUUCCAAUGGCAAACACAGUCUCAUCGGAAAAGUUCAAAAAUCGCUUUCAGACUUGGAGAAACUUCAUUUGACUGGCCAAGGAAUCAACUUAUCUUUGCCUACUACUGGUGCUGGACAAAGCAAGGUAUUAAAGAGCCAGCUUUUUGUGGACAAGUUUACAGAGACUGUCCAGCACACAUUCCUGGAAUACUUGGCCUCUGGGUUUGAACUAAGCUUCAUGGUAGCAAUCGAUUUCACAGCUUCAAAUGGAAAUCCACGCCUCCCUGAUUCUUUGCACUACAUUGAUCCUUCAGGACAUUUAAAUGCUUACCAGAGAGCAAUAGUGGAUGUUGGAGAAGUAUUGCAGUUUUAUGACUCAGACAAACGUUUCCCUGCCUGGGGAUUUGGAGCUCGUCCAAUUGACUCUCCAGUUUCACAUUGCUUUAACCUCAAUGGAAGCAGUUCAUACUCUGAGGUGGAUGGGAUUCAAGGAAUCAUGACUUCAUACACAAGUGCGCUCUUCAACGUCUCUCUAGCAGGGCCUACCCUUUUUGGUCCGGUGAUUAAUUCUGCUGCAAUGAUAGCCAGCCAGUCUCUAGCUCAAGGUUCACGCAGAUAUUACGUCUUAUUAAUCAUCACAGAUGGUGUAAUAACAGACCUUCAAGAAACAAAAGAUGCACUAGUCAGUGCAUCGGAUUUGCCGUUAUCAAUUCUCAUUGUAGGAGUUGGAGGAGCCGAUUUCAAAGAGAUGGAGAUACUAGACGCGGACAGAGGUGAACGACUGGAGAGCUCGAGCGGGCGUGUGGCGUCACGUGAUAUCGUUCAGUUUGUAGCACUACGAGACGUGCAACAUGGAGAGGUCUCUGUAGUACAAGCGCUUCUUGCAGAAUUGCCUUCACAGUUUUUGACGUAUAUGAGAAUCCGUAAUAUGAAGCCUGUUCCUCUGUGAAUAUAUGAUGAAUCCGUAAUAUGAAGCCUGUUCUUCUUUGUGUUUCUUUUUUUUUUCUGAAUGUAAAAAGUUUCGAAUGAAGCGACUUGUAAUACCACAUUGGGUUUGUUUUGUCUUGAAUAUUGUAAAUGUAAAUGAUUUACGUU